AUGGAGACUCCAGCUAGCAUUGAGAAGCUCGGCCGGGAGAAUGAUGUCGCAUAUGCCUCGUCGUUCGCGGGCGAGGUCGAAGUACCUCAAAGGUCAACAUGGGCAUACUUGAAGCACUACUUCACCAGCCGUGAGGGUUGGGUCGGCGAUUAUGAUUACCUCUACCUCAUCACACCCAAUAUCUGGCCCCUGAACCGCAGAUACAAAGACUACGAAGCACCCUUCUACGGGCUCAACGAUAAGAUCCCAAUCCUCCUCACCCUGCUCCUCGGUCUCCAACAUGCCCUUACAAUGAUCGGAUCCAUUGUCUCCCCACCCCUAGCUAUUGCAGGAGGGGCAUUCAACUUCGACGCCGAAAUAACCCAGUAUCUCGUCUCCGCGGCCUUCAUCACGACCGGCAUCGCCACGGCCCUCCAAGUAACCCGCAUCCACAUCACCAAAACCCCCUUCUACAUCGGCACCGGCCUGCUCUCCGUCGUCGGCCCAACCUUCGAUAUCUUACCUAUCGCAUUCAACUACACUGCCAUGCGGUACAAAAACGGGACUUGUCCGACCGCAGCAGAUGGCACGCAGUUGCCGUGUCUUGAUGCCUGGGGUGCGAUCUUGGGAAGCAUGUUGUGUACGGUGUGGAUCCAGAUCGCGAUGUCCAUGGUCCCGCCCAAGAAACUGAAUAAGAUCUUUCCCAAGAUUGUAACGGGGACUCUUUUGCUGUUGGUCGGGGUGUACCUCAUCAACAGCGGGAUGCAGAAUUGGGGCGGGAGCAGCAAUUGUAAUAGUGAGACGGGAUUCUACGCUCUGUGUCCCAACACCGCUGCGCCGAAGCCUCUCGUUUGGGGCGACCCGAAGCUCAUCGGCCUCGGCUUCUCCGUCUUCGUGACCGUCAUCAUCGUCGAGCAAUUCGGCUCCCCACUCAUGAAAUCGGCAUCCAUCAUCCUCGGUCUUGCGAUAGGGUGUCUCAUCUCAGGCCUAACAGGCUACUGGUCGCUCUCCAACGUCCGCGCUGCUCCACCCGUGACCUUCCUCUGGGUACACACUUUCAAGCUCUCUGUCGACGGGGCGUUGAUCCUCCCACUCCUGAUAAUGUUUAUAUGUGAGGCUGUGUCUUGUAUGCCUGAUAUCCUCGCCACUGCUGAGAUAAGUAAUGUGGAUAUUGAGGGCACACAUUUUAAUUCCCGCAUUCAGGGAGGGAUUCUGUGUGAUGGGCUCGGGAGUUUGGUCUCUGCUUUUGGGACAGGGCUGCCGAUGGUCAGUCAAGCGGGUAAUAACGGCGUUAUCAGCUUGACGGGAUGUGCGAGUCGACGCGCGGGGUGGUGCGCUUCUGGAUUUUUAGUUUUGAUGGGAAUGUUUGGGAAGUUUGGCGCGGUGUUUGGGAGUAUGCCCCCUUCCGUCCUCGGCGGUAUGCAAGUCUUCCUCUACUCCACCAUCGCCGUAGCCGGCAUCCGCGUACUCGGCCUCAUCACCUGGACGCGCCGAAACCGCUUCAUUCUCACCGCAUCCCUCGGAAUCGGAUUCAUCGAUAUCGUACAGCCGUCCUGGUUCGCGCAGAUCCUGGAUUAUAGCGGAAGUAAUGUGCAUCUUCAGGGUUUCGAGCAAGGGCUGAAUUUGAUUGUGGAGACGCCUUUUAUUAUCGCGGCUGUUAUUGGGGUUUUUCUAAAUCUGGUGCUGCCGAGGGAUGGGAGUGAGAUGGAUCGGGUGGUGAGGGACUCGGCGGGGCAUCCGGUGAUGGAGACGAGGAGAGAGGAGUGA